ACGACUCUUGAUGUCUUGUUUAUGAUAGAGGAGUUCCAUUCCCUGACAAGGAUUUACGAAUAGUCGAAGGAAUCUGAACAAAUAGCUAACUGUAUUUGUUGGUUCCGAAUAAUUGAUCAGGCUUCAAGGAUCGUCUCCGUUUUAUUGCGCCUCUCAGUACGUAGGCAUUAGGUAUCGUAUGUUUCAUUUCGCCGAUCUUCAAUUUUACCUCAACUCGUGAAUACUGCACUUAGAGAGACAGAAUGCAAGGACGCGGAGGUGGCAGGGAUCCUUUCUUCGAUUUUGGUGACUCUUUUGGUGGUUUUGGAGGCUUUGGUUCAAAUGGACCUCCCAGGAGUUUAUUUUCAAGUGUUUUUGGGGGAAGGGAUCCAUUCGACGACCCUUUCUUUACCCGUCCUUUUGGAGGGAUGUUUCCGUCUAGUCCCUUUGGUGGUCCUACUGGAUUUCCUUUCCCCCCAGAUAUGCAUCCAUCUGGGUUUCUUGAGCAUCAAGCUCCAGAGCCUAGUAGGCAAAGGGGGCCAAUCAUUCAGGAAUUGAACUCUGAUGAUGAAAAUGAGGACACAACAGAGGAGAAGAAAGGAAAUCCAAGAAAGCAUAGGAGGUCAAACAAUGAACCACUCGUUGAACAUCCAGAUGAUGAACUUGAAGGAAAGAAGAGCAAACAAUUGCAAGGUAGAAAUGAGUAUAACAGAUUUGGUGCAACUGGGCCUCAGCCUCAAGCUCGCAGCUUCUGCGUCCAUAGCUCAACAGUCAGCUAUGGUGGUACAAAUGGAACAUAUUACACUUCAUCGAGGACAAGGAGGACUGGGAGUGAUGGAGUGACCUUUGAAGAGAACAAGGAGGCUGAUAGUUCCACAGGGAAAGCUUCUCACAAUAUUUCUAGAGGCAUUCAUGAUAAGGGACAUUCUCUCUCAAGAAAACUUAGUUCAGAUGGUAAGGUGGAUACUAUGCAGACUUUGCACAAUAUAAAUGAAGAUGAACUUGCUGGUUUUGAAGAAGAAUGGAAAGGAAAGGGUCAAAAGUAUUUGCCUGGAUGGACCGGGAGUAUUGGAGCUAGUCGUGGUGGACAAACUGAGCAGGCCAGGCAGGGAGGUUGGGCACUCCCUUCUUCGGAGGAUACUCUUCCUGUGAGAACAACAUCUGAAUUUAGAGAUAAAGUAGGUUCUUCUCGCACACAGGAGAGGGAAAGGACAGAUUCAAGGGAUAGGAAAGCAUACCAUCCAGGAGGAAGGGGCAGAAAAUAAGGCACCAUUGUUGUUGUCGAGUACUCUAGUCCCGUUUCCCCAGCGACUGCGUCAUACUCGUUAGUGUUAUUACCCGUUAAUGUGUUUUUUCUGUCCUUACUCUAUACGUAUAUACGAUGAUUUUAGUAUUGGUGGAAGGAUUUGUUCGUUGAAGUCGUUAUGGUGAUGCUAGGAUCUGUGACGUGCACAAUUUCAUAUUAUGACCUGAUUUUAUAAUAAAAUUAGU